AUGGCGGCGCUCUUUUCUCCAGUUAAUCGUUAUUACAUUUGGAGAAAGCUUUGGUUGAAAUUAGCUAUAGCUGAAAAAGAGUUGGGCAUAACUGGCAUUGCUGUAGAUGCCAUUCAAGAAAUGGAAGAACACUUGGAAAAUGGAAAUUGGUCCAAUAGCAAAACUUCUGAUCUCUUACCAACAUUUCACCUAUUACCUAAUCUUGUGUUUUGUGUAACAAUGUUGUUGCAUGUACAAAUCACACUAUCACAUUUUGGUAUGUGUACAAAAGAUUUUGGUGCCAAUGAAUCAUUCUCAAGAAAAAUGUUACGCACAACUAUGGAUGUUGAUUGUCCUUGGUGGAUGGAUUGGUUUCAUGGUGGCUUGCAAUUCCAAGCUGUACACCAUCUUUUUCCAAGAAUACCAAGACACAAUCUUAGAAAAUGUCAACCAUUGGUGAUGCAAUUUUGUCAAGAAGCCAACCUCCAAUAUCAUCUAUAUGGUUUUGUUAAAGGUAAUAGAUUAGUCCUUAGCGCACUUAGAGAUGUUGCCAAUCAAGUUAAAUUAUUAGGAAAAGUUGCAAAAUCGCAUGUUGAUAGACACAACAUGGUGAAAAAUGAAUAA